AUGGCCGACACCAACUAUUCCCCCGUCACUUCGGACAGUAGCGACGGAGACUUCGAUGGUACCACUGCCGGCGCCUCGGGCGCAUCAGGCGGCGGGAUGACGAUUUCCACCGGCGCUUUAGUUGCUAUCAUCGUUGUCGUAGUUGUGGUUGCACUCUUUGGCAUCGCUAGUUCAGUCCUUUUCUUCAUCGCUAAGAAGCGCGAGUGGACGGUCCGUGAAACAAUCCGGAGGUCCGCACGCAAGGUCGCCACCGUCCUGACGCCACGGAGGACCGAGUUUCCUAAGGCUGUCAAGGAAGGGAAGAUCGGUGGAGGGAGCCGAGGGGGACGGAUGGACGAUGUGCCGCCAACGCCGAGGAUCAAAUCUGAAUACCUCGACCUGGAGAAGGGACUCGAGAAGGCGAAGAAGAAGCGGGGAAACUUCAGCAGGAAGUGA